AUGGACAAGUUGAAGUGUCCCAGCUUCUUCAAGUGCUGGGGAAAGGAGAAAGUGACUGCUUCAUCUGAGAACUUCCAUGUUGAUGAAAAUGAUGAGAAUCAGGACCGGGGAAACUGGUCCAAAAAAUAAAAUUAUCUUUUAUCUAUGGUUGGAUAUGCAGUAGGAUUGGGAAAUGUGUGGAGAUUCCCAUAUUUGACCUACAACAAUGGCGGAGGUGCCUUCUUGAUACCUUAUGCAAUUAUGCUAGCAUUGGCUGGUUUACCUUUGUUCUUCCUAGAGUGUUCAUUGGGACAAUUUGCUAGCUUAGGUCCAGUUUCAGUUUGGAGAAUUCUUCCAUUGUUUCAAGGUGUGGGAAUUACAAUGGUCCUGAUAUCCAUUUUUGUGACAAUAUAUUACAAUGUCAUAAUUGCCUAUAGCCUUUACUAUAUGUUUGCUUCUUUUCGAAGUGAACUACCAUGGAAAAAUUGUUCAUAUUGGUCUGAUGAAAACUGUAGCAGAUCACCUAUAGUAACUCACUGUAAUGUGAGUACAGGAAUGGGGAUCGUCCAAAUGAAUAAAAGCUGGGUAGAUGCCAACAGUCUCACUUGCAUCAAUGGCAGUGAAGUUUUUCAUCCAGGGCAACUUCCCAGCGAACAGUACUGGAAUAAAGUGGCGCUCCAGCGGUCAAGCGGAAUGGAUGAGACUGGAGUAAUUGUGUGGUAUUUAGCACUUUGUCUUCUUCUGGCUUGGCUCAUAGUUGGGGCAGCCCUGUUUAAAGGAAUCAAGUCUUCUGGCAAGGUGGUAUAUUUUACAGCUCUUUUUCCGUAUGUCGUCCUUCUCAUUCUGUUAAUACGAGGUGCAACUCUGGAAGGUGCAUCAAAAGGCAUUUCAUACUAUAUUGGAGCACAGUCCAAUUUUACAAAACUUAGGGAAGCUGAGGUUUGGAAAGAUGCUGCUACUCAGAUAUUUUACUCCCUUUCAGUGGCUUGGGGUGGCUUAGUUGCUCUAUCAUCUUACAAUAAGUUCAAUAACAACUGCUUCUCUGAUGCCAUUGUAGUCUGUUUGACAAACUGCCUCACUAGUGUGUUUGCUGGAUUUGCUAUUUUUUCUAUAUUGGGACACAUGGCUCAUAUAUCUGGAAAGGAAGUCUCUCAGGUUGUAAAAUCAGGUUUUGAUUUGGCUUUCAUUGCCUAUCCAGAAGCUCUAGCCCAACUUCCAGGUGGUCCAUUUUGGUCCAUAUUAUUUUUCUUCAUGCUUUUAACUUUGGGUCUGGAUUCUCAGUUUGCUUCCAUUGAAACGAUUACAACAACAAUUCAAGAUUUAUUUCCCAAAGUGAUGAAGAAAAUGAGGAUUCCAAUAACUUUGGGUUGCUGCAUGGUUUUGUUUCUCCUUGGACUUGUCUGUGUGACUCAGGCUGGAAUUUACUGGGUUCAUCUGAUUGACCACUUCUGUGCUGGAUGGGGCAUUUUGAUUGCAGCUAUACUGGAAGUAGUAGGAAUCAUCUGGAUUUAUGGAGGGAACAGAUUCAUUGAAGAUAUAGAAAUGAUGAUUGGAGCAAAGAGGUGGAUGUUCUGGCUAUGGUGGAGAGCUUGUUGGUUUGUCAUUACACCUAUCCUUUUGAUUGCAAUUUUUGUCUGGUCAUUGGUACAAUUUCAUAGACCUUAUUAUGGCAAUAUUCCAUAUCCUGACUGGGGAGUUGCUCUAGGCUGGUGUAGGAUUAUUUUCUGCAUUAUUUGGAUUCCAAUUAUGCGCAUUAUAAGUUGCUGCAAACCAGCUUCUAACUGGGGUCCUUAUCUGGAACGACAUCGUGGGGAGAGAUAUAAAGACAUGGUAGAUCCUAAAAAAGAGACCAACUAUGAGAUACCCACUGUUAGUGGUAGUAGUAAACCAGAAUGA